AUGCUCUCGGUCAAGUCCCUCGCUGUAUCUUUACUCCUGGCUGCAAUCGUCCAUGCAGGGGAUGGUGGCGGUGGCGGCGGCGGCGGCGAACACACUCGUUGGCUAACAACCACAUGCUGGGAAACGAAAUCUGCCGAGAAGGAAUACAUCACGAUCUGGCAAACCCAAACACAAACGGAAUGGGCGAAACCUGAGUCUGUCACAGUUUGGCAAACAAAAUGGGAGACACCCGGAUCUGUCACCGUGUACAACACACAGACUCAGUUGGAAACGAAGACAUCGAUAGUCGUUUCCAAGGAGACUGACAUCAUUACCACUACUGCGACGAUAUAUUCCACCGUCAACAGCUAUUUCACAAGCACGGCAACGCAGACCCAGGUACAGGUGUCAUAUCAAACCGCGACGGCGACCAUCUAUAGCACAGUCAACAACUAUUUUACGGAUACUGCGACCCAGACUCAAACGCAGACACAGACCCAGGUCUCCCGUGAGACUGCCACUGCUACUGCCACGGCCACCGUGGUUAGCGCAAGUAUCUCAGUGAUCACGGAAUUUUCAACGAUCACCGAUACUGUGACCGAAUUUCCGGUGUGCACGACGGCACCACUUGUGGGACUCGUGACUUGUCCUACAAGAACACUCAAUCCCACAUACACCCCACCUACAGCUUUGCCAACUGAUUGGCUAUGGGGCUGCCCUCCGGAUACUUUGUGUACACCCAAGCAAAUCGAUUGCAACUUUGAACCCAACUUACCGGCGGACACGUAUGUUUGUAGCCCAGAAGACUGCAAACCUGUAACACCGUUGCCUCCGCUUGACACUAGCUGGGACUCGCACAAUUGCACCCCUUACAUUCCACCUCCAGGGUACGCCAACUUGGCGCCACCCAUCUUUGACCUUGGGUACGACAUCUUCCAGUUCAAUGGACAACCAGGCCCUUAUUGUCCUCCACCCCCUCCUCCACCACCAUCUACAACAUGGCAAGACUGGACACCGCCUGUCUCCGCGUCCUCUAUUUCGAGUUGGGCAGACUGGUCGGUAUCAAGUCCGGCAGGGCCAGCACCAUCGGGCUGGAGCGAUUGGACUGGACAUGGAGAUCGUCCGCACGGUCAGAGCUGGAGACCAUCGCCACCUGGCAUUACUCCGAGAGCGAAUCUUGCGGAACGCCAGGAUGAUGCUCCUGACUAUUCAGUCCCUGCCGCAUGUUACAAUCCUUGCAACGCUGCUGUCCUCAAUGCCCAGAGUUGUGGUCUCAAAGGGGCUGUUUUGUGUCCGGUCUCUGGGGUAUUUUCACAGCAAUACACCAAUUGUGGGAAUUGCAUCGAUGUGAACAAGGACAAGGCGUACACCGAGCCUCCGAGAUUGAUAUCAUCUCUGGUGAAAUUCCUGGACUAUUGCAGUGAUUACACCGCCGAAGCUGCAGCUGCGACCCAGGCCAGCAGCUCGACAACAGUGUCGACAGGUGGAUCAUCGUCCUUAUCAACAGUUGCGAGCUCUACGGUGGUAGUUGCAGCUCUGUCUACUAGCCCGACACCGACAUCGAGUGUCCCCAACGGGGCGGAAACCCAACGGCCAAGCUCGCAUUCACUUUCAUUCACGAUAUUCAUGUCAAUCAUGGCUCUAAUCUAUAUCUGA